AUGGUUACUGAUAAUGAGUCGGGUAAUCCAGAGGUCACCUCCCCAGAGCAAUCUGCCGAGGAGUCUACCAGCUCUCAAGACCCACUGUGGGAGCCAUUAGAGGAGAGCGAUGAUGAUUACGAGGAGGAAGAGGAGGACGAGGAGGACGAGGAGGAGAAUGAAAUCGAUGUUAGCGGCGAUGGAGUACCCCUACUUGAUGAACUCGAAGGCGGCAUCACCGAACAGCUUCUUCAGGAUUUCAUAGAUGGCGGCUUAUUUGCCAACCUCAAUGCUAUAAUCAAUAAUUUCGAGGACUACGGCGCCGAGUUCCAUGCUGUCUACACAGAGCCUUAUGGCAGAGACGAUCAGCCAGACUCGUUAUUAACACCACGGAGGCGGUUGGCAAUUGAAGUGGAGAGUGAUUACCAUAAUCGUCCGACUCUUCUGACUCGGGCGCAGCUGAGGUAUAUCCAUGAAGAAAACCUCCUCGAUCAAAUUCAGAGUAGUGAACGGCACGUGUCGCGAGACGAGUUUCGGGAAUGGAUAGCUAGCCACCGACCAGACCCGGCCCGUUUUCCAAAGGUACCGAGCAAGGAAGGAAGGGAACUCAUGGACGCGGGGUCUUUCGGCGCACAUCCCGCCCCCGGUGAAAAGACGUGGAUAAAGGCACCCUCAUUACGGAUUCUGGAACGAGAGCUCGGCUUAGCUGGCACCCUUGCUGAACGGAAAAGGAUGGAGAGGCUUCUACUCCAGAGCAUGAUACCGAAGAACAAGACAGACGUGACUAUCUAUUUCAGGGAACCCGUAUACUCUGGUCAGUUCUCCCGCGACGGUAACUUUUAUUUCGCUGGUGGAGCCGACUUUAAAGUGAGGUUAUACGACACUUCGAAUCCCUACAGCUGGAAGCAUUACAAGACGGUCAUGCAUCCUUGGGCGCAAUGGACGCUCACAGAUGCUUCCCUGAGUCCGGAUAACAAAUGGCUGGCCUAUACGUCGCUUUCGCCGAAAGUCUGUUUGACGCCGACGGAUCCAAGCGACGAAGGUGAUCCGUAUACCUUGGACCUCGGCGCUAGCGUCAAUAAUGCGGGUGACGGGGAUGAAGAUAUGCACCGUAGAUUUGGCAUAUUCUCCGUUCGUUUCUCGGGAGAUGGUCGGGAGUUAAUUGCUGGGACGAAUACGCAUGCCAUAAUUGCCUACGACAUCGAAUCGAGAACACCACUCCUUCGUGUGAGAGGACACGGUGACGACGUCAACGCCGUCUGCUUUGCGGAUACUUCUUCACCUCAUAUUCUUUACUCUGGGUCAGACGACAGUGUAAUCAAGGUAUGGGAUAGACGUAGCAUGGGCGACCGCCGUGAAGCCGGAGCCUUCGUGGGUCAUAUAGAAGGCAUCACACACAUCGACAGCAAGGGCGACGGCCGCUACAUCCUCAGCAACGGAAAAGAUCAAAGCAUGAAACUGUGGGAUCUCAGGAUGGCCAUGUCGACGGACCGGUUCCGAAGCAUAGGCCUGCGAAGGGUGGCGACGUUCGACUACAGAUGGGAGAACUUUAGAGAUGCGGACUGGUUCAAGGAUAAGAACGACAACUCAGCUGUGACGUUCCGCGGCCACGAGGUUCUGCGAACGUUGAUCCGGUGCCAUUUCUCGCCUCCUGGCAGCUCGGACUCUCGAUACGUUUAUUCUGGAAGCGCCUCGGGUGAAGUCUUCAUCUGGAACCUGGAUGCCACGCUCGCAGGGAAGAUCGAUGUUGCGACGAGCAUAUUCCACUCGCUGGAGAACGCGGGAAGGUUUACACCGCCGAUGUCGAGGGAUCGGUAUUCACCGUGGAAUAUGAUUGUUAGGGAUGCUAGCUGGCACCCGAGCGUGCCUGCUAUCGCAACUUCGGCUUGGAGUACCGACGGAAUGCAUGGAAUGCGCGAGGGCGCUAUUUCAUUGCACACAUUCCAAGAGCCACGAGAUCCACCACCUUCGCAAGAUGAUCUAGGAUGCCCUAUUGCUGGGGCAUGUGUUACGGAGAAGCUACAGCCUUGUCGGUUCUCGGUUAUCUCGAGAGCACAUCAUUGA